AUGGGUGUUGAUCUAGCAAUUAUUUUCAAGGCCCCUAGGGUCAAUCCCAUCAACCGAAAAGCGCAAACGAUUCCUGCCCUUAACCCUAUCAACACAUAUGGACGUGUCUUCUUUUUCUCCUGGUUUGGUUUCAUGAUUGCAUUCUGGUCGUGGUAUGCUUUUCCACCAUUGAUGACCUUGACCAUUUCAAAAGACUUGAAAUUGUCUCAGGCAGAUGUUUCCAACUCGAACAUUAUUGCAUUGGCAGCAACGUUAAUUGUUCGUCUCGUCGCUGGCCCUGCCUGUGACCGCUGGGGUCCUCGAUAUACCUUUGCGGGAUGUCUUCUUGCUGGGGCCGUUCCCACUGUUCUUGCCGGCUGUGUAUUCAAUGCCAAGGGACUUUUGGCUCUCCGCUUCUUCAUCGGUAUCCUUGGCGGGUCCUUUGUACCUUGCCAGGUCUGGUCGACGGGGUUCUUUGACAAGAACAUUGUCGGAACCGCCAAUGCCUUGACUGGCGGUCUAGGUAACGCUGGCGGUGGUAUCACGUACUUUGUCAUGCCCGCCAUUUUCGAGUCGCUUGUCAAAAACCAACACUUGAGCCCCCACACGGCCUGGCGUGUUGCUUUUGUUGUGCCAUUUAUCCUCAUUACUGCCACUGCCAUUGCGCUUGUUCUCCUCUGCCCUGACACCCCGACUGGCAAAUGGAGUGAGCGUCACCUCGCAGCCGAACAGAAUCUCGAAGCUCACCAAGUCGACCGUCACGAGGUUGAGGGUCAAGUCGUCGACAUUCCCGAACACCAGGCCGGCGAGCGCAAGGAGAGUCAACCAGACUCCAUCACUCCGCCGGCCAUUGACAUGGACGAAAAGGCCAAUACUGAAGGCAAGGCAUACGCCGAUCGAGAAGCCCAACUCGGCGAGCAGCAAAUGCUUGACACCGCCAAAGGCGAGGUCAUUUCCAAGCCAACCUUCCGCGAAGCUCUUCCCGUCAUUUUCUCUUUGCCUACGCUUACUUUGGCCGGCUGCUACUUUUGCACGUUUGGCGCUGAGCUCUCCAUCAACAGCAUCCUCGGCGCAUACUACCUCCACAAAUUUCCUCGUCUGGGCCAGAGCGAGUCAGGAAAUUGGGCUGCCAUGUUCGGUCUGCUCAACGUCGUGUGCCGUCCCAUUGGCGGUUUCUUCUCCGACUUUGCUUACCGCCGCAGCAAAAACCUCUGGGUCAAGAAGAUCCUGGUGCACAGCUACUCGAUCAUCAACGGUGCCUUUUUAUUGGCUAUUGGUCUAACUAACCCGUCUAAAGAGGCUACCAUGUUUGGUCUCUUUGCUGGAAUGGCUUUCUUUCUUGAGGGCGCCAACGGCGCCAACUUUUCUCUCGUUCCCCACGUCCAUCCUUUUGCCAAUGGUAUCGUCUCCGGUCUCACCGGCGCUGCAGGCAACCUUGGCGGUAUCAUUUUCGCCAUCAUCUUCCGUUACAACGGCAAAGAUUACGCCCGAAGCAUUUGGAUCAUUGGUGUCAUCACCCUCGCCAUCAACGUCUCUUUGUCUUGGAUUAGACCUAUUCCCCGCAGCCAAAUCGGCGGAACAUUAUAA